AUGGCAAACAUGAGCUGGCAGGCGCACACCGAGCACAAACUCAACCAGGACCUAAAUGCCGGCAUGAACCGUGGAGCUUCUGAGAACAAUGGCAUUGAGCGUCCGCCGUGGUACACAAAGGAGUGGCCCAAGGACUGUCAAUACAACUCCCCUGGAUGCACGCUGGACGACAUGGAGACCUCCAACCACAAGUCGGACAUCCACAAGAACAUGGUGAGGGAUUCUGCCCGCUGGCAUGAAGCGCUUGCGCCAGGUGUGCAGUCCAUGAGAUUCAGCUUCCUACAGGCAACUGAUGAGGACCUUGCGGAAGUCAUCGAGAAGCUUAAAGGGAACCAGGACGUGACUGAGCUUGACCUCUCGCACAACCACAUCAAAGACUCAGGCAUACAGGCCUUGGUUGCAGCCCUUGCGGCUGGAGCCGCCCCAAAGCUGCGCGAACUCAGAGUGUACAGUAACGACUUCGGACAGCUGGGCGAGACGAUGCUCACGCAGGGCCUGCCCGUCUUCAGAAAGGACCUGCAGGUGCAGUGGAAGGAGCCCAGUUGGGCAAAAAUUGUGCGGGAGGAAACCUCCAAAAGCACCCAGGCGCGCUCUCUGAAAUCUCUUGCGGCAAUUAUGGGUUUGAGGUGGUUUAGGGUUUGGGAGAUUGGUUGGUCAAGGGUUUUGGGGUCUAGGCUUUAG